AUGGUCACCAGCGGCGCCAUCUACCACUUCCUCCGCCUUCUGACUUUCCCCGUCGACAUUCGCAACAUCUGUGUCAUGCUGGCUCCCGCAUGCUCUGGCUUGACUGCCUUUGCCGCCUACCUCCUGACCUCUGAAAUGUCCGACUCGCCCUCGGCCGGUCUCCUUGCCGCCAUCUUCAUGGGCAUUGCUCCUGGCUACAUCUCGCGUUCCGUCGCUGGCAGUUACGACAACGAAGCCAUUGCCAUCUUCCUCCUCGUCUUCACCUUCUACCUGUGGAUCAAGAGUGUCAAGGAGGGUUCCGUCAUGUGGGGCGCCUUUACUGCCCUCUUCUACGGAUACAUGGUCUCGGCCUGGGGUGGUUAUGUCUUCAUCACCAACUUGCUCCCUCUCCACGUCUUUGUCCUGCUGUGCAUGGGCAGAUACAGCCCUCGUCUGUACGUCAGUUACACGACUUGGUACGCUCUGGGCACGCUUGCGAGCAUGCAGAUUCCCUUUGUCGGUUUCUUGCCCAUCCGUACCAGCGACCACAUGGCUGCUCUCGGUAUGUUGCCGAUUUCUCCAUUGAACCUUCUCUCCUGA